GAAUUUCACGUUUUGUGUCGUGAAAGUAAUUUAAGGACUCUCCCUUGUUUUCAGGCGACCUCUGACCCUCACACAGGCUAGGCUAGCGUCCUGUAGCAUGCUGCGAGUCAUAGCUGCACUCUCUGCAGUUCGACAGGUUCACAGUAAAGAAACAGCCUUCAAACACCUGCACAGGUUAGUGGUUUGUAGAAACAUGUCUGCAGCAAAACGACCGGUUAGCUUACUGGGAACUAUGGCGUUUGGAGGGCGAGCUGACGCCGAGCAGAGCCGGGAGAUGGUGAAGGCUUUCCUGGACAGAGGACACAAGCAGGUGGACACGGCGUUUAUGUACAUGGAUGGAAAGUCGGAGGCGAUCAUAGGAGACAUGAACCUGCCUAAAACAGUAAGCAUAGCCACGAAGGCCAACCCCUGGGAUGGGAAGACGCUGAAGCCGGAGAGUGUGCGCUCCCAGCUGGAAACCUCCCUGCAGAGGCUGCAGACAGACUGUGUGGACCUUUUCUACCUUCAUGCCCCGGAUCAUCAGAACCCCAUCCAGGAUACUCUGAGGGCCUGCCACCAACUUCACCAGGAGGGAAAAUUCAAGGAGAUGGGCUUGUCGAACUAUGCAUCGUGGGAAGUGGCUGAAAUUGUGUGCAUCUGCAGACAUAACAACUGGAUUGUUCCCACUGUUUAUCAGGGAAUGUACAACGCCACCACAAGACAGGUGGAAACAGAACUGCUGCCGUGUUUGAGAUACUAUGGMAUGAAGUUUUAUGCGUACAAUCCUCUUGCAGGUGGCCUUCUGACGGGGAAGUACCACUACGAGGACAAAGACGUCUCUCAGCCUGCAGGACGAUUCUUUGGUAACAGCUGGGCUGCAGCGUACAGAGACAGGUACUGGAAACCGAGUCACUUUCAGGCCAUAGAUGUGGUUCUCAAGGCGUUGGAGGUGGUGUACGGAUCAGAGAAACCCUCCCUGACUUCUGCUGCCAUGCGCUGGAUGUACCACCACUCUCAUCUGAAAGGUGAGCUUGGAGAUGGAGUCAUCAUUGGCAUGUCGACUAUGGAACAACUCCAGCAAAACUUGGCGGCAGCUGAGGAGGGUCCCCUGGAUCAGAGGGUGGUCGACGCCUUCAAGGAGGCCUGGAAUCUYGUAGCCCACGAGUGUCCAAACUAUUUCAGAUGAAGAAACAGUUUCAUUUACUCGAGACAUUUGUGACCCAUCACAUCGAAAUAAGGAUCAAGUCUAAAAGUGGAAUGUGGAGAAAAAAGUCAAAUAGUGUUUUGAUUAAAGCAUUUUCAAAAAUUGCAUUUUGUCAAAACAAUGAAUAAAUGCUUUAUCAAUGUAUCAUCUGAAUGAACUGUAUGAAAUUUAA